GGAAAUGCAAACCUGGAUAUCCAGAAUGUGAACCAGCAGACAGCCCUACACCUUGCUGUUGAACGGCAACACACCCAGAUUGUUAGGCUUUUGGUCCGUGCAGGUGCUAAACUAGAUAUUCAGGAUAAGGAUGGAGAUACUCCUCUGCAUGAAGCUUUGAGACAUCACACUUUGUCUCAACUACGUCAGCUACAAGACAUGCAAGAUGUGGGCAAGGUAGAUGCUGCCUGGGAACCUUCAAAAAACACAUUAAUAAUGGGACUUGGGACGCAGGGGGCUGAGAAGAAGAGUGCAGCAUCUAUUGCGUGUUUCCUGGCAGCCAAUGGUGCUGAUCUCAGCAUUCGGAAUAAGAAGGGUCAGUCACCACUGGAUCUCUGUCCUGACCCAAGUCUCUGCAAAGCUUUGGCAAAAUGUCAUAAGGAGAAAGUCAGUGGCCAAGUGGGUUCUCGGAGUCCUUCUAUGAUUAGCAACGAUUCUGAAACUUUAGAGGAAUGUAUGGUGUGCUCAGACAUGAAGAGAGAUACUCUUUUUGGACCGUGUGGACACAUUGCAACCUGUUCUUUGUGUUCCCCUCGUGUCAAGAAAUGCCUCAUUUGUAAAGAACAGGUUCAGUCCAGGACUAAGAUUGAAGAAUGUGUAGUGUGCUCCGACAAGAAAGCAGCUGUUCUCUUUCAACCUUGUGGGCACAUGUGUGCUUGUGAGAACUGUGCCAGCCUGAUGAAAAAGUGUGUCCAGUGUCGGGCAGUGGUUGAGCGGAGGGUGCCUUUUAUCACAUGCUGCGGUGGCAAGAGCUCAGAAGACCCUUCUGAUGAGAUAUCAAGUGGGAAUAUCCCAGUGCUGCAGAAGGACAAAGACAACACCAAUGUUAACGCAGAUGUGCAGAAACUGCAGCAGCAGCUUCAGGACAUUAAGGAGCAGACCAUGUGCCCUGUGUGCUUGGAUCGUCUAAAGAACAUGAUUUUCCUCUGUGGCCAUGGAACAUGCCAGCUCUGUGGAGACCGGAUGAGUGAAUGCCCAAUUUGUCGCAAGGCAAUUGAACGAAGGAUUCUUUUGUACUGAUUAAGAAACACAGAGUGUUUUGUUGGCUAAAGUAUGUGAUCAUGAGAUCUUAGUAGGUUCUGAAACUAGUUGGGAGUUUAAUGGGUUACUUUGUAAUUUCUUAAUUUCUUUAUUAGAAUGUAAUUAGACUAUAUAUGGACCACCAUCACAACGAAAACAUGCAGUGUUUGAAAUUACCUGCACACGCGUGCGUGUGUGUGUGUGUGUGUGUGUGUGUGUGUGUGUGUGUGUAUUUCCUCUUGAAUUUGGAACAUCAAAUCCAUGGAAACUCAGAAAAUUUGCUUAUGGCUUUGAAGGGGAAAAUCCUUUAAGGUCCUCCUUUCACAUUUUUCUAUUUCAUUUUUCUUUUUUAAUAUGUGCACAUAUGUUAAACCUUAGACGUUAGCUUACAAGGUCAUUAUUCCAAAUGAUUAUCAUGAUUUCGCAUGGUGAAAUGACACACUGUUCUAAAAAGUCAUACUGAAGGUGAGUGGGGCAAGUCAGACUAUGUCAUGUAUGCUCAGUGACAGAAGUAUAGUAGAGAUAAGCCUCCUGGCUAAGGCAGUACUGAAGGAAACAUUGUAUUUCAAGAUAAUUUAAAGUUAUCCAAAUGAUUGUUUCUGAAUUUUUAAGUAAGUGAAAAUACGGGGUAAGAGAAUAAUGACUUUACCUUCUUUUCUAGACUUAAAAGGAAAAUUUACUAACUUAAAUAAAUGAAUUAUUUCAAAAUCACCAGUAGACAUGAAAAGGCAAAGCAAGAUUCUAGUAAGAACUGAAGGCAAGCUCAGAGUGACACAGUCACACCUCUGCCUGGUUUUCACUGUUGGACUUCUUGUAUUAGCUUCUCACUGUUUGCAGAGAAAGAUCUGUGAAAAGCAAUUUCCAUUUUCCCUGUGACUGCUGACCUGUGCCUGAUCUGACCAGUGUGUGCACACCAUCCUUUCUAUGUCUCUGAGGUCUCUUCAGAUGGGUGGUACAUUGUAAGAGGCAACAAUCUUUUCAGUAUGUCUGUUAAUUCUGACAGUGUUACGGAUUCUACCUUCAUCCAAAGCCUUACUUCUGUUCUCUCGGAUAGUAAUUUUACUAUAAAGAACACAGUUUUUCUUUAUACCUACAGAUGAACAUUCUUUAAACUGCCAACAUGCACUAAGAUACAAUAAAUAGCUUAAUGUAAGAUACUUAGAAAAGGAUGCCAGGACAUUUGUGGAAAAGCAUGGAAAAUACAUGUUGACUUGGUUAGGGGGCUAAGCAUUUUGUCUCCUUAAAUGAGUAAUCUUUAUAUCUAGCCUAAAUAUAUGGACAUUGUUUCGAGAUUCUUCACUGCUAGAUUGUUAAAAAACAAAAAACAAACAAAAACAAAAAACCCACCUAUCAGUUAUUUACAAUAGUGUCUACUGUGUGCAGUGUGUAAGCAUGUACUUUUAAGGAUAGGGUUCUUUGAGGAUAGUUUCCCCUGCAUUUGAAUCUGGCUAGCUUGUGUCUGUUGUUUUUUGUUUUUUUAUUUUUUUGGGUUUUUUUGCUAUAGCAACUUAAAGUGGGAGAGCAGUGUCCAGCCUGGCUGUACUUUGUUGCUGGAGGUUACUUGCAGCACAGUGAGCUGAGCUGCUGCUUGCCUUGCAGACUCAGCAGUUCCAUGCCCGUGUUUAGCUGAGUAACUGCUUUGUUUCUCCUUUGUGUUUUUGAGAUAGAGUCUCACUAUGUAUUCUAAGCUGACCUGGGACCUACUGUGUAGCUCAGGCUGGCCUCAACCUUACGAUCUUCCUGCCUCUGCCUUCCAAUUGUGGGAUUAUAGGAUGGGGAUCCCACCAUAUUUAACAACUGUUAAUCAUUUUGGAGGGUACAAUCCUUAUUAGUUUCAAAUUAGGAAUGUUCUAUUGUAAGGAAGCAAUGAGGCUAUUUUUUUCUAAGUAUAAUUUGAAGAGGUUUUUUGUUUUUUAAAGAUACAUCUGAUAAUACAAUGUUUACAUAGAGACAGACUAUCUUCUUGCAGACUUGGAAAGAGCAGAAAUGAGGCUCUUUUCUUCCUUGCCAUAGGCUGCCCACCUCUUUCCACUUGUCAUCAGGCAAGGAGGGGUGGCUGCUACACAGUCUGCCAGCCCGAGAAUCUGUGCGCCACAGCUGUAUCCCACUUCAUCCCUUUCUCUGUCUCCCAGGCUGCAGUGCCAAGUCUUAUCCUGUAAAGAUUACAUCUGUUAAGGGAUAGGCCUCCUGACCGGCUCCAUCAUCUCCUCCAUGCAGCGCGUAGCACACUAGCUUAGGAGAGAGAAGCCGUCAAGCCUCUGUAGUGCUGGGGAUGUACGGCUUUCUCUUUGUCACUUGGCCAUUUAUGUUAUGCAUGUUAUGGACAGAUGCACUUCUGUUCAGGUCUUCGGGCAUCUACAAUUAUUGUAAAUUUGUUUUGGGCUUACAGGAGACAGUAAGACCAGGAACUGAAUCAUGCCAGUGACUUCCUCCUGCACUCUGAAACUACUACCUCUUAGUCUCUUUACAACACUUGGCCCCUUGGGGAUCUUUCCUUUUAGUUACCCAAACCUCUUUCCUGUGCCUCAGAAGAAUUCUUACCUUUCCUUAGAAUUAUUAUUACAAUGACAUGCAUUUGUUUUUUAAAGUAUUGGACUUGGACUAAGUCAGGAAAGAAGGUCAGUGUCUCGGCGCACUCAGUGUUUAUGCUGCAGCUGUGUCUGUGGACAACAGAUAGGGUCCUGAGGCGUGUUAGCAUUCCUCACUGGUGUUUCCCCUUCAUUCAGGAAGACCAUCAUCGGCUUUCUCACUGAGCACACACAGAACUUCUCAGGCGCUGCUGCCACAGCUGCUCAUGUUCACAUAGUUUAACAUCCUUACCUGUGCUGCACACAUGCAGAAUUUUAUUGGGAGUGGGGUUUUCAAGAGAAUAUAAUUUUAUAUUAGUGUAAGAAUAUUAUACUAGGCAAAUGUUUAGUUAUCUGAAUUAUACUUAAGGUAUUUGUAAUUUAAUAAUGGCAGGUUAACCAGAAGUCUACUGAAACAUAAAAUUAACUGGAAAUAAUUCCUUAAAUUUAUAUUUUUGAAGACUUUAGCCUGAAACAACAUUUUAUUUUAGAAUGUUGAAAAUGCAUGCUGCUUAAGAUUUGUCUAGUUCAAAAUUCAAAUCUUGCUGGGUCAUUUUUACACAGGGAACAUCCUGGUAGUUAUGUAUUGCUUGAUGGAUGUUUUUUGUUUAUUUUGAAUUCUGGACACUUUUUGGAUGAGGAAUAGUUAAACUUGUCAACUCGGACAAAGCUGGAUGGAGCAGAGCUGGCUUGAGGGGUUGGGGUUGCAACAAAUAGGAAACAAAAACAGUAAGCACAGAGGGAUGGAGCACCGUGUAGGAUUUGCCACGGUAUUGGUGGAGUGGGUGUACUUAAAGCAUAAAAGGGGUCUAUAAGGUCAGUUCUUCAUAUGGCUUGUCAAUUGUUUUGUAAAUUACAGAUUUUAACACAACUUGCUCUUUUAAGGCCCAAAAGGAAAAACAUUUAUCCUUUCAGAGCAAUAUUGAAUUCCCUGUCUGAGAUGUUUAUAGUAAUAAUUUAUAUAAAAACACUCAUGGAUACAUUUUUGGUAUUUUUUUUUUUUAAAUUGCAGUGAGAACCACAUAUCAUGAGGUCAGUUGUCCUGACUGCUUCUAAACAUGCAGUUCAGAAGGGUCACUUCCUCUCCGUUUGUUGGGAAAUAAGCAUAGAACUUUAUCCUGCACCUAUCAAAUGUUUCCUUCUUCCUUCCCUCUGGGCAACAGGGUUCUGACUACUUACAACACAAACACUCAGAUUACUGACUAGAGUCAUUUGUGUUUGCAAGAUCCAAACCUAGGUCAGCAUCAGGUUCCUGAGAUUUGAGGAAGGGCAUCUCUCCCCUGCCAUAACUGCUAUUUUUUUACAUGUAUGUUAAUUGAAAGAGUUUAUUAUUUCGUUAUGAGCCAGAGAGGGGAAACACAUUUUAAAUAUGGGAAAUAAGUUAGCUUUGGUUUUGUACUAUAUUGGGAAGGUAAUAGAUUUUCACAAGUAAUUUGUGCCUUGUUAUAAAUGUCAGUUGUCAUUGAGUCUACCUGUCAAAGUCACAGAAUACAUUUUUCUUUCAAAAAUGGCAACCUAAUUUAACUUGCUUGAAUAUUACAAUAGGAAUGCUUACUGAUACUACUUGAUAAUCAUGUAUAUCCUUUUGACUUAUACACGCAAACACACAUGCGACAACAGUAUUGAUAAUUGCAGUUGUAUGUCUUUAAACACUAAGUGUAAGGAAGCUUUUUAAUGUUGUCUUGUGUGUGUGUGUGUGUGUGUGUUGCUUUACUGCAGUGAGGGAGAAAUCCCUUGCACCAAGCUUCAGCGGCUGACAAGUGGCUAGCAGUGGGUAAGAUCACAGUAUAGAACCAGGAGUGGGUAGUUAAUAAAGUUAAGUUGCUGCCUUGGCAUUUUCUACCUCCUUUUCUACCAGAAUACUGCUUUUCUGUCACCCAUCUAGCAUCUUGUCUUAUUUGUGGGGGAAAAGGAAACAACCUGAAGUUAAAGUUAGAUUUUCUUUUUUUGAGAAUUUAAGCAAUAGGUACAGGAAAAGUGACCUGCCAUAUUAAUUUGGUGCCUAAAUGUAAAGGUUUGAAUUGAUACAUACAACUGUCUAAGAAGGAGCGUAGUCCUGAGUAUUUGGACUGUCCUGUAUAGUUCUCUUGAUUUUAUUUCAUAAACAUGACUUCUUUCUUCAAAAGCAAAGUGGUUUUCUAAUUUUUUAUGAAAUAAGCAAAUAUGCCAUUUUGAGUAUAGUUUCAGGAAGCUAUUGAAAGUUCUGACUCAGGGCUUUUUAACAGUUAAAGCAAUUGUUAAUAUAUUUUGGAAACUCCAUCUGCAUAACUCUUCAGUGCCUUGAUUAACUUGGCAACACUUAAAAAACUUUGUACUAGGCAGCCUUCAGUGCACCAGUCAUGAUAUGCACGUUCUAACCAUACUGCUAAGCAUGUGCAAGAACACCUCUACGUGUGGGUUUGCAUAAUUCUUUAAGGGAAGUGUUCUACAUUUGCACUUGAUACUUUUUUUUUUAGUAUUAUUACUCUGGUUUUUUGUUUUUGUUUUUGUUUUUGUUUUUGUUUUUUUAAAAAACUCAUUAUUCAAGGCCAUGGCACUGUUAGCAGAAAAAUGGUGUUUGCUGACUGUAUGCAAGUCUAUAUAGCUGACUGUAUAGCUGACUAUAUAGCUGACUAUAUGCUGUCUAUAUAGCUGACUAUAUGCAAGUCUAUAUAGCUGACUGUAUAGCUGUUGGGGAGAGCUCACACUUUGUAUCUAAUACGAAAAGAAGAUCAAUACAAAAAACAUCUUCCUCUCAAGUGGAAACCAAACCAAGCCAAACCCUUUGUUUAAGUGGUUCAGUUAAAUAAUUAAUUGAAAGGAAAUCAUGAAUUGCAUGUCAUUCUUCAUGCUGAUCUGUAGACUAAAAGCAUGUUUUUCUGUCUCCUUCAAGAUGUGUCUGCCAUUCUAAGUACAGUAUAUUCAAAUGGUAGAAAAAAAGUUGACUCAAAUGUUUUGCGCUUUGUAAUUUUUCCAGUUCUUUUUAGCUUUCAAUGUUGGAAUAAAUUUAAGUCUUGUUUAUGGCUAAAGUUUCUGUAUGGAAAAAAUGAUUCUUGCUUAUUAGCUUUUGUUUAAGAAAAAAAGCUUAGUAAAAACUAAGCUUUUAAAAAUAAAUGCAAACAUUUACCAUUAAUAAAAU